AUGAGGAAAAGUGGGGGCGCCGGGUGGCAGCUAGCAAAUGCAUACCGUAUAAGAAUGCUCUCCUUUCACCAGUAUUCGCACCAGGAUGAUUUUUCAAGACAGGGUGUGAAUGCUCCAUUACAAGUAGAUAAUAAUGUUGGUAGAAAUUUAGCAAGCAAAGAAGAAGCAACUCCAUCAGGACAAAAUAAAACAACUAAAACAUUAUUAGGCAAAAAAGAAGAAAGAAAAGAAGAAAAGAAGGAAGAAAAGAAAGAAGGAAAGAAGGAAGAAAAGAAAGAAGGAAAGAAAGAAGGAAAGAAAGAAGGAAAGAAGGAAGGAAAGAAGGAAGAAAAGAAAGAAGGUAAGAAGGAAGGAAAGAAGGAAGGAAAGAAGGAAGAAAAGAAAGAAGAAAAGAAAGAAGGAAAGAAGGAAGAAAAGAAGGAAGAAAAGAAAGAAGAAAAGAAAGAAGGAAAGAAGGAAGAAAAGAAGGAAGGAAAGAAAGAAGAAGUAAAAGAAGAAAAGAAAGAAGAAAAGAAAGAAGAAAAGAAAGAAGGAAAGAAGGAAGAAAAGAAAGAAGAAAAGAAAGAAGAAAAGAAAGAAGGAAAGAAGGAAGAAAAGAAGGAAGAAAAGAAGGAAGAAAAGAAGAAAGAAAAGAAGGAAGAAAAGAAGGAAGAAAAAAAAGAAGAAAAAAAAGAAGAAAAGAAAACAUUAUUUGGAAAAAAGGGAAAAAAAGAAGAAGUGAAGGAAGGAACUAAGGAGGGAUCUGACGCGGGUAAUGGAGCCCAGAAUACUGAGGGGGAUAAGGAGGAUUCCGAUGGGACUUCCAGUGAAGACGCCAAAAAGCGAAAACCAACAUGGAAUGAUCUUUCAAUUGAGGAAAUGCGCAAACAACUGGCACAAGAGGAAACCCGUAACCAUAAGAAAAAACUUACUCCUGAACAAAAAGAAGCGUUGGACAAGAAAUAUGAGUGCCUUCUGAAAAAGUUAUUAGAUCGGGAGGCUGAAAAGCGAAGGAAUAGCGAAAAAGGUGCUCAGAAACCAGGACAAAAAAAAGUCCAAGAGAAAAAAGAUUCUAAUGAAAAAGGUGCUCAGAAACCAGGACAAAAAAAAGUCCAAGAGAAAAAAGAUUCUAAUGAAAAAGGUGCUCAGAAACCUUCUGAACAAGAAGACGAGGAAGAAGAAGAUUAA